UCCAUAUAGAACACUCUUUAUUACUAACACAUAGAGUAACUUGUUUUGUUGCAACAAUCAGAAAAUAAUUGUAAUGGCUUCUUCAGUUAUGGCUUCAGUGAGUUUGAAACCAACUCCUUUCAUGGUUGAGAAAUCAUCAGUUAGAGGACUUCCUAACCUUUCAAGGCCAUUCAGAGUUGUUGCUAGUGGUGUUAAGAAGAUUAAGACUGACACACCUUAUGGAACUGGAGGUGGCAUGGACUUGCCUAAUGGACUUGAUGCUUCUGGCAGGAAACAAAAGGGAAAGGGUGUUUACCAGUUUGUGGACAAAUAUGGUGCUAAUGUUGAUGGAUACAGUCCUAUCUACGAGCCCAAGGACUGGUCACCAACCGGCGAUGUCUACACCGGAGGUACGACCGGUUUGGCUAUCUGGGCAGUAACUCUAGCUGGUCUUCUAGCUGGUGGUGCACUCCUUGUCUACAACACUAGUGCUCUUUCACAAUAGAUUAUGCUAAGUUCAUAUUUUAAGUUGUAACAAUAUUCCAUGUAGCUUUGAAGAUGAAGGAUAUACUCAUCAAUUACUUGUGAACAUAGUUCCUUCUGUUCUAUAAAUGUUGUGUGGAUUUGAAGAAAAAAAACUUUGUUUAUAUAAAACCAUGCUUCUUUAUGGGAUUGCGAAAA